AUGCGGAUUCAGAGCGCAAAAGGUUUUCGUGCAGGGCCAGCGCUGGCUCUCACUUGCUUGCUGGUCAGUGCUCUCUCGAGUGCCUACGGCAAGCGAAAGCUCAAGGAACAAGAAAUCAUCCAGCGCAUUCUGCACAACUACGAUUGGCGAGUACGACCGAGGGGAUUGAACGUCUCGUGGCCAGAUACCGGCGGUCCAGUUUUGGUGACAGUAAAUAUCUACCUGAGAUCCAUUUCGAAGAUAGACGACGUCAACAUGGAGUACAGCACCCAGUUCACUUUCCGAGAAGAGUGGGUAGAUGCUCGCCUUGCCUACGGCCGCUUUGAGGAUGAUUCCACCGAAGUGCCCCCAUUCGUCGUACUCGCUACCAGCGAGAAUUCGGAUCAAUCUCAACAGAUCUGGAUGCCAGACACUUUUUUCCAGAAUGAAAAAGAAGCACGGCGUCACCUCAUCGACAAACCGAAUGUGCUGAUUCGAAUCCACAAGGACGGCUCCGUCCUAUACAGUGUCAGGUGGGUCAAACGCACUCGCACCGACGGCGAAGUGCAGACGCUCGAAGAUGACCUUUUAAUGAUGGCCUUUUGA